CUAAGUGAUGAGUUCCCGAGUUCUCGACUGUUCGCUUCUGUUACUGCCAGGGAUGUGACUGAAGCACCCUUGGCCUUUUCACACAAUGGCAAAGACUCAGGCUUAUUAUGUGCAGUUUUGGACUCAGGUUCUUCAGUAUUUCGUGGGGCUAUAUCACCGCCUCCAGAAAUGCUGGGCUGCCGUUAAGGGCUUCUGCACUAAGAAGGAGGAAGAAUACAUCCCUCCAGCUGAGAGUAUUUUUCAUAAAGAAAAAAUAAUGAUGCUUGGCAAUAUUUUGACAGAUAAUUCUCUAGCCCUUGAACAGAGAGCUCAAGCUGCCUAUAGAAUCGGACUGUUGGCCUUUACAGGAGGACCCACUGCUGGAAAUUUUGCAGGGGAGUACAUGAAAGAAGUAGCUCACUUGUUGAAAGAUUACGAGAUGGUACCCAAAAUAAAGAUCCUGCUGCUCCAGAGUGUCGCAUCUUGGUGUUACUUAAACCCUGUCAGCCAGAAAAGAGCCAAACAUUUGCACUUUAUUCCUAUUCUCGUCGAUCUUUUUGAUGACAAACUUGAGUCUACUAUGAAAAGUGAAACAAACAGCAGCCUCCUGGUUAAAUUUUGGGGUUGCUAUGUUCUCUCUGUCAUGACAUGCAAUAACUUGCCUUGUAUGCAGGAGCUUAAACACUGCAGUUCUCUGAAAUAUCACUUGGAAAUAUUGGCCAGUGAGAAUUGGUCUGGAUGGCCCGAGAAUUUUGCAGAGGUGCUAUAUUUCCUCAUUGGUUUUCACAGGCAUUAAUUUCUCUGAAUCCAGCUACCUGAUGCCUCUGUCUGCACCCCACUGUAUUACCCUGGAAAAUUUAAAUAAAUAACAAGAGCUGGUAACAUUAUUCUUCAGCAUUUUCUUUUAGGUGGUGGAAAAACUCUAUAUUCAUUUUCAACAUUACUGUGAUGAACCAAACUUACGAAAAGCACCCCUGUUGAAAUAAAGUCAUAAAAAUUAAGUUUAUAAAAUGAG